CUAUAAUCCUGGAAAAACUCGUUCUGCAAAUAUGUUCACUUGGUUCCGCAAGAGCACAAAUGUCACCCAGGAGCCAGUCUGGGAUGCGUCAACACUGACCAUGCACCAACCCUCCCAGUCUCAGAAUAUGGACUCCUCGAAUAUUGUCACAGAGCAACCUAAGCCUCAAGCUAUGCAGAUGCAACUCCGAGGUGGGGAGGGCGAUGAUGAAUGUGGGUGCUGUGGGACUUGCUGCGGAGUAUGUGCGGCGCUGACCUGCUUUGAAUGCUGCUGUUGAUUCCCCCUUCAACUUGAAAUCCUAUGAUUGCAUGACUUUUGUUAUCCAUACUUAGUUCUAUGGUAACGGGCUGAAGACACUAAGAUUUGAAUGAUUUGAUGUAUUCCUUGAGGUUCUACAAUGCCUAUCUUUUCGAGAUAUAUAUUAUAUUCAUCUGCAGCAAAUGAAGCUUCCGGCUCGACAGUCAAACUAGUCCGCCCUCAAGGGGUUCACCCUGUGUGUGUUAUUCUAAUCUAAGAUACGGGUUACUUUUUAUUUACUCCUAAGAAGACCUUGUUUAGUAAAAUUCCUAGCUAGAAUCCAAAUUGAUAUUACUAACUAUAUAAGAAUAUCACCUAUAGAACUGAGCCAGACAGCUUUCUGAAUUGCAGCUUUAGCUUAUCAUACGUGUAAG